UUCAUGCCCGGAUUUGAGGAUCCUGCAAGCGCUCACCGCGUGAUCCGGCACCCUGUUACUGAAUGAUUAUAUUCAGGAAAGAAAAGAAAAAAGAAAAAACAGGAACCGUGUGGAUACUGCCCAAGCGGCGAGGGCCGCCUCUGGUUACUGUCUGAAAAAGGAAAACACAAAAUCUAGCGUGAAGGCUGGAAUUCUAAACGCUUCUUCUUCCUUUUUUAAAAUUUAAAUUAAUUAAUUUAUUGAUAAUUUCUAUUUGAUACACUUUCCGGAUUUUACUCUGUAAUUCACUGCCGACUUGGAGGCGUCUAUCCUGAUGAAGUAUCGGCAGAGGGAGGAGGAAACCAAAGAGAGGAAGGAAACGAGGAUAACGUCACGAAGACUCGGAGUAAAACGGACUGAGAAUAGUGUUUAAUGGACGAUCCCUGAUGCGGGCCGGGGAAAGAGCUGGGGCCAAUUCCGUCUGUUUACGCCGUAUUGGACGAAGAUGUUUUUGUUAGGUUGUCGUGUGUGAAAAGUGGAAACGAUCCGGAGAGGAAACAGCAGCUCGGUAGCAGCAGAUAUCAUCUUGUGUGUGUGUUUUUUCCUCAGGAGCUCCGCUAAAGCAGAGAAAUGGAAAUGUGUGCAGCCCUCCUCCGGUUGCCUGUUUACUGAAGGGUUUGGAAACAGGCUGAUCGUGACACACGGAACUUUUAAAGUGGAUCUCCUGUGAACUUGAUUUUUAAUGACUGAAAAAGACUUGUAGUUAAAUCCUCCGCGGGAUUUGUCUUUUUUUUCCUUUUUUUUUGAGGGGGGGACGUUGCUUUCAGUUUUUCUUUCUUUCUUUUUUUUUAUUUUUCUUUACAGCAGGGGGAGGAAAAAAGGGCAGGAAAAUCAUCGGGAGAAUUAACAGCAGGUGACAGCUUGGACAGUUUCAAAAUGAGUGAGCUGGAACAGCUUCGUCAGGAGGCCGAGCAGCUUCGGAACCAGAUACGAGACGCCAGGAAAGCAUGUGGAGAUUCAACCCUGACACAGAUAACUGCUGGUCUGGAUCCUGUGGGGCGGAUCCAGAUGCGGACAAGACGCACCCUCCGUGGCCACCUGGCCAAGAUCUAUGCCAUGCACUGGGGUACAGACUCUAGGCUUCUGGUUAGUGCCUCUCAAGAUGGAAAACUGAUUGUCUGGGACAGCUACACAACUAACAAGAUACACGCCAUCCCCCUGCGCUCCUCCUGGGUAAUGACCUGUGCGUACGCUCCCUCGGGGAACUACGUGGCCUGCGGAGGCCUCGACAACAUUUGCUCCAUCUACUGUUUGAAGACACGCGAGGGCAAUGUCAGGGUCAGCAGGGAACUACCUGGCCAUACAGGUUACCUGUCAUGUUGCCGUUUCAUUGAUGACAAUCAAAUCAUCACGAGCUCAGGAGACACCACAUGUGCACUGUGGGAUAUUGAGACGAGUCAGCAGACCACAGUGUUCUCGGGCCACACCGGUGAUGUCAUGAGUCUGUCCCUUUCGCCCGACCAGCGCACCUUCGUGUCGGGAGCCUGCGACGCUUCAAUCAAACUGUGGGACAUCAGGGACAGCAUGUGCCGGCAGACCUUCACGGGCCACGAAUCGGACAUCAACGCUGUCUGUUUCUUUCCCAAUGGCAGCGCCUUCGCCACAGGCUCUGACGAUGCCACCUGCAGGCUGUUUGACCUCCGCGCAGACCAGGAGCUAGGCCUCUACUGCCAUGACAACAUCAUCUGUGGCAUCACCUCUGUGGCUUUCUCCCGCUCCGGGCGCUUGCUGCUGGCUGGUUAUGACGACUUCAACUGCAACAUAUGGGAUGCCAUGAAAGGAGACAGAGCAGGAGUCCUGGCAGGCCAUGACAAUCGCGUGAGCUGUCUGGGCGUGACGGAUGACGGCAUGGCGGUGUGCACCGGGUCCUGGGACAGCUUCCUCAAGAUCUGGAACUGAGCCAUGCACAUAAACAGCGACCCACACGUCCAACAGACACCGCUCUUAUCUUGGGACACAGUUUGCACCCUGUACUCUCACUGUAUGUAAGAUUCCACAGACGAACCGCAACAUUAUACUGUACAUAAUAUAUAUGACUUAGAUAUGAGCUUACACACACACACACACACACACACACACACACACAGACAUAUAUGUAUUGUAUGCAGGACAAGAUAACAAGACCUAAACACAUGCCCACACUACCUACCGCCGAUUAAAGUGCACAGCAGCAAGGCCACAGUGCAACACACACAUGCACAUAACAGGUCAAAAUAUGACCAAAUACAGCCGAAUAUUCAGCUGUUCAGCCGAAAACACAAAUCCCAUCAACACUAUCUGACGCACUCAUUCUCACACAUGCUUAUCAUGAGACAUACUGCUUCUCGCGUUAAGCAGUGGAGCGAAUGUUACCCGAUAUUUUCGUCUUAUGACUUUGCCCGAAAUACACUUCAGACUCAUUUUUCUUUGUUGUUUCGGUCUCUUUACCAUACGUAUCUCAGCAGUGGUGGCGUGAAGGCGGAACCACCUGAGUCCAUUUACAUAAAGAAAGUAAGAAAAAAAUUGACCGAUGAACAGUUGAUUGAGCUGAAUGAAGAUACCAACUCUGAUGUUCAUCCGUUUCACAUCGUCACACAGUCACCGUCUUCACCCAGUUUUUUUUUUUCUUCAAUUUUACACACUUAUUUUAUUCCUGUUCUCCCUGUGUGCCUCAAAUACACUUAUUAACAGAGGAUACUGAGACAGUUAAAUGAAUCCAAAACAACCUGAGAUUAAGAGAAGUUGAGAAGGAAAAGCACGUCUUACUGAGUAGGAGCCAACAAUCAAACUUUGACUUCGUCAAUGUAUUAUCUGGACAUUACUAUAAUUGUACAUAUUAUUAAUAAAUAACUGCCUCUCCUGCC